AUUAUUCUGUGCGCUCGUCUACUACUAUACCACCACUACGGUGUUUAUACUCGUUUCGUGUUCCGUGUUCACGCACGUACACAAAGUCUGCAAACCCUUGGCGUGAGAAUCGUAGGUACGACGUCGUACAGUGCUUGUUUCCGAUCAGCCACUUUCGGUCGCAGCAGCCGCGCACAGUGCUCUCUGGAACGUCGAAAACCACUGCGACUACUGCUGCUACGACGACAACACACACGAAAAACAAUAUUCCCAACUCUCCCACGACGCUUUGCUCGUAGUACCGCGGACACCACCGUCGCUACGACGAUUUGCUUCUUAUUUUUUUUUUUUUGGAUUUCGUCCUGUAACGUAAUGACUUUUAUCUGUCUUUUGUAAUAUUGUGACCAUAUCGACUUGGAAACAUUUUGCGUUUAUAGCAAUUUAUCGUGCUCGCUGAAUCCCGAUGAAUGGCAUCGGUGAAGACGGAGAACAGUCAACGGUAUCCAUCGAGACGGGAUUUUUCAGGGUGAUCUUUACGACUGUAAAAUCGAACGAGAUUGUACAACCACCUCAUCGCGAAAUGACAUCUGGUUCGAUGAGUGCGGGCCACUACGGUGGAGCCGACGUCGAUUCGACAAUGACGAAGAAGAAAAUCAGUGGCAGUUACCACCUUCACAGGUGCGUUCCAACGCUACUGCAAGUGACUGCUGCAGUGGCAGCGAUACUGUUAGUGAGCUGCAACUGUGCGGCGAACGCUGAACCCGUGGCUCCCGUCCAAGUGGCCGCCGCCGUGGCCACGGCCACCGGAACCGAAGGAGUUCCGGCGCGACCGGUGGAAAAACCUGCUACCGACGCCGUUGAUCCGUCAACCGUAGUGACGGCGUUCUCACAGCCGCAAGAGUCGGCCACCGAAUCGGUGGACUCGCAAUCUUCCGGGACCCCCCAGGCGGCGGUGACGGAAAACGACGGCCAAAACAAGCUGCAGCCGAUCAACGACAAUAAUUAUGUCCAACAAGACGAUAAACAUCGACAACAGCAACAGCAACUGCUGUUGGCCCCGUUGCUGAUGCCCUCGGCGCAAUUGUCCGCAGUGUGGUCUUCCCAGCCGUCAACGCAGCAGCCGCUGGCCGUUGACAGUAUUUCGGUGAUACCUUCGCUUUCGUCUCUCGUCGGACGAGAACGUACCGUGGUCGAAAUCGUGCCCGUCCCCAGCGCGUCGGAACAACACCUCGUCGACUCGCCCUUGGGUCAGCCUCAACCGGAGUACAAGUACAUCGGAAGUCUGCAACCGGAAUCGGAGCUACAACAGCCCGAACGGGAGCCGCAACAGCCCGAACGGGAGCCGCAACAGCCCGAACAGGAGCAACGACAACCCGAACCGAACGAGCAACAAUCUGCAGCGUCGUCCGAACUCGGCUCGGAACAGCUACAGCAGACGUCGUCGGCGCCACAGGCACAACAGCAAUUGCAGACGGCGGCCUCGGCUCCUGCCCCCGCCCCCUCCGAUCAACAAUUUCAACUUUCGUACUUGUACAACAAUAAUGUCUUCGGUGUGAAAAACAACGAAGAUGACGAUCAGCUGCAACAGCAAUAUUCGUAUCACUAUUACUACCAACAGAACCUUGCGCAGCAGCAACAACAACAGCAGCAGCAGCAGCAGCAGCAGCAACAGCAACAACAACAACAACAACAACAACAACAACAACAACAACAACAACAACAACAGCAACAGCAACUGCAACUACAACUACAGCAGCAGCAACAGCAGCUCAACAGCAACUUGCCGGCCGUGUACUCGCCGCCGCCAGUGCAAUACGGCGGCGGUCAGUUGUUCUACCACAGCAAUUUCGGGGGCUUCGGCAGGUAUCCGCUGCAACAACAGCAAAACUUCUAUUACCGCGGCAGGGACGGCGGUAGACCGACUUCGCGGCGCAACAGCAGGGCGCAGUCGCAGUCCUCGUCGUACGGCGACAACGUCAACGGCGGCGGCGGAAGUAAUUUCUACGCUCACUACCAGCCGCAGCACCAACAACAAAAACUGCAACCGUCACCGGAUCACGGCGGCGAAAGCGCGGACAACGUGAUCGGCAUCAAAUACGACCAAGACCAGACGGCCGGCGCCGCGGGCAAGCAGCACCAACCGGUGCCGCCGUUCCGGCCCAGCCAUCCGGUGUGGGCGUCGCAAUAUCCGGUGCCGUGGACGUACUACGUCAAGUCGUCGAUGGUGCAACCCGGACGGCCGGCGCCGUCUCACACGCCGCAGCACGGCCACUACGGCGGCGGCCGGAAGUCGCGGUACGUGCUGCAGCAGCAGUCGGCCGGCGGCGCGGUGUCCAACAGGGUCGGCGGCGGCAACGGGUAUCCGCCGGCCAAGCCGCCGCGCACCAAGGUCGUUUACAUCGAGUACGGCGGCUUCAAGCCGAAAAUGGUGCCAUCCGUGCAGAUCACGGCCACCGAGGACUACAGCGGCAACCGCCGUCAGCUGACGGUCGUCGACGGCGGCAGCGACGGUCCUCCCGUGGCCUCGGCCACGCCGGCCGCAGCGGACGCCACCACUGCAGCUGUCUCCGGGACCGCUGCCGCCGCCACGGCGACGACGACGACGACGACGACGGCCGCGUCGGCGGCUGUAGCUUCGACGGUGACGACGAUGACGACCACGACCACGACUGCGGCCACCAUACCGAACGCGACUACGGCCGCGUCGAUACCGCGACAACCGCAACAACAACCGACCGCCGCCGCCGCCGCCGGUGUCGUCGUGGUAGUCGUUUGAACCGACCCGACGGCGAGGUUUUAAUUUAUAUAAGUCGUUUUUUUCUUUCUAUUUUUUUGUACAUAUAAAUCGAUCAAGACGCAACUGCAACAGCUCUUAUUUAUAAUGCCCUCCGCUGCGACAGUGUUUAAUUUAUUCAUUAUUUAUAUAGACGUCACGACAUGCAAUUGUGCGGUAGAAAAACGCAUCUUUCGCCGGUUAUUAUAGCUUAUAAUAUUAUAUUUUAUAGUAUUCUACUACGAUAUAUACUUGUUGGUAUACAGUGUUAUUACGUUGUGUAUUGUUUUUAAAUAAAUAUUAGUAAUGAUAUGUA